AUGUUUGCCUCUUCCGUUGCACGCUCGUCCAUUCGCGGAGUCUCUAGGAGCUCCGCUGUUCCCGCAGUCUCCUCCGCACAGCCCUUCCCUCAAGUCGCUCGCACCUCGUUUGCUCAUUCAGCGCGCAGAGGCUACGCAUCCGCUCCCUCUUCCGGAUCAUCUUCUAACUUGCCGCUCUUGCUCGCCUUAGGAGGUCUUGGAGGUUUGGGAGCAUGGUACGGUCUGGGCGGAUUCGACUCUGGAAACGUCAAAAAGGUCGCUUCGGAAGCCGAGGGUGCGCUGGGAUUGGGCGCCCUGUCCAAGGACGAGUUCAGAGAGUUUACGCUCAAGGAGGUCAAGCCGUACAAUCACGAUAGCGCAUUCUACAUUUUCGAGUUGCCCGACAACGCCAAACCUGGAAUGGGUGUCGCAUCUGCCGUCCUCAUCAAGGGCGCUGGCGACGAUGCAAAGGACAAGGAUGGCAAGCCAGUCAUUCGUCCUUAUACUCCCGUCUCAUCUCCCGCCACUCCUGGCCACAUUGACUUUUUGAUCAAGAGAUACCCGAACGGAGCCAUGACGAGUCACAUUCACGGCCUCAAGCCAGGUGACAAGGUGGCCAUCAAGGGACCCCUCCCCAAACUUCCCUACAAGGCCAAUGAGUUCGAGCACAUUGGAAUGAUUGCAGGGGGUACCGGCAUCACUCCAAUGUGGCAAGUCAUUCAGCAAAUUGCGUCGGACAAGAAUGACAAGACCAACGUGACGUUGAUCUACACCAACAAGUCGGAAAAGGACAUUUUGCUUCGGGAAGAAUUUGACAGACUGUCCAAGAGCGAUCCUCGCUUCAAAAUCAUCUACGGUCUGGACAAGAAGAGCGGAAGCGUGCCUGCGAGCACCUUUGAGGGCUACAUUACCCACGAGAUCAUCUCGCAAAACUUGCCUCUUCCCGGCAAGGCGGACAAGGUCAAGGUUCUCGUAUGCGGCCCGCCACCCAUGUACGAAGCCAUUUCGGGUGGCAAGGGUCCCAAGGGAAGCCAAGGCGAUCUCAAGGGACUCUUGGCAGACGCAGGCUACCAAGCUGACCAAGUCUACAAAUUCUGA